UUAAGUACAUUUAAUGUUGGCAAUGCUUUCCGCAGGUUAGCUGUCAAAUGACGUUGUUUCGCUUAUUCGAGAGAAGCUUCCCACUAGUUGAGGGCACGUCGGUGUCAAAUAGCGGAUUGAGAAAGUGUUAAUUAUUUAUUAAUUUUUUUCGAAUUAUGUAUUAAAAAUUUAUUUUGUAAUUAACUAUUAAAUUCUAAUUGCAAAAGUUUCCGUAAAUUCGUUUAGCGAAUCGUACUAAAUUGUUUAUUUAUUGAGUGAAAAACCGUGACGAAAUAAAUCCAAAAAUAAAUUUUUGCUUGCGUGAUUCAUUUUGGGGCGGCAUAAAUUCCAUAGCAAAUAUAACACAAAACAUAAGAAACGGAUAAGAUUUGCUGAAAUGUUUAGCUUUCUCAAACGCGAAAAUAAGAACCAGGAGGUUGUGGAAAAUGUAAUUGGCGAAUUGAAAAAAAUUUACCGAAGCAAACUUUUACCUUUGGAGGAACAUUAUCACUUCCAUGAAUUUCAUUCGCCAAAACUUGAGGAUCCUGAUUUCGAUGCGAAACCAAUGAUUUUAUUGGUUGGUCAAUAUUCAACGGGUAAAACCACUUUCAUACGUUAUUUGUUAGAAAGAGAUUUUCCUGGAAUACGUAUUGGUCCCGAACCAACAACUGACCGUUUUAUAGCGGUUAUGUAUGAUGAGAAAGAAGGUGUAAUACCCGGUAAUGCAUUGGUAGUUGAUCCUAAGAAACAAUUCCGGCCACUCAGCAAGUACGGAAAUGCUUUUCUCAACAGGUUUCAAUGUUCCUCAGUAAACUCACCAGUGCUACAUGCUAUUUCAAUUGUAGAUACUCCUGGUAUAUUGUCUGGUGAAAAACAACGCAUCGAUCGUGGUUAUGAUUUUACGGGUGUACUUGAAUGGUUUGCUGAACGUGUCGAUCGUAUUAUAUUACUUUUUGAUGCACAUAAAUUAGAUAUAUCAGAUGAGUUUCGAAGGUCUAUUGAAGCCUUGAAGGGUCACGAUGAUAAAAUAAGAAUCAUAUUAAACAAAGCAGAUAUGAUUGAUCACCAGCAACUGAUGCGAGUUUAUGGUGCACUUAUGUGGUCACUUGGUAAAGUAUUACAAACACCAGAAGUAGCGCGAGUUUAUAUUGGUUCUUUCUGGGAUCAACCAUUGCGUUAUGAUGCUAAUAGGCGACUUUUCGAGGAUGAAGAACAAGAUCUUUUCCGCGAUUUGCAAUCACUGCCACGUAAUGCAGCUUUACGCAAAUUGAACGAUUUAAUAAAACGGGCGCGAUUAGCUAAAGUACAUGCAUUUAUCAUAUCCGAAUUACGAAAAGAAAUGCCUAGCGUGUUUGGUAAAGAUAGCAAAAAGAAAGAUUUAAUUAAGAAUUUAGGACAAAUUUAUGAUCGCAUCCAACGUGAACAGUCAAUAUCUCCUGGUGAUUUUCCUGACAUUAAAAAAAUGCAAGAUGUCUUACAGCAUCAAGAUUUCACAAAGUUCCAUUCUUUGAAACCACACUUUUUGGAUGUUGUCGAGAAAAUGCUUGCAAAUGAUAUAGCCAGAUUAAUGGAAAUGAUACCGCAAGAAGAGAUGACGCAUAUCAUUGAACCAAUGGUUAAAGAAGUUACAGGUGGUGCCUUUGAAGGUGUCAUUGAUGACAACGUGUCACCAUUCGGGUACAUGAAAGGUGAAGGCAUCGAUGCGGGCUAUGGAGAACAUGAAUGGAUUUGUAAUAAAGACAAACAACGUACAGAUGCUAUAUUCUCAAGUCUUGGUCCAGUAGAUGGAAAAAUAUCAGGAGCUGCUGCUAAACAAGAACUUAUUAAAUCGAAAUUACCAAACUCUGUGCUUAGUAAAAUCUGGAAGUUAUCUGAUGUUGACGGUGAUGGCUUCCUUGAUUCCGAUGAAUUUGCACUCGCACUCCACUUAAUCAAUGUUAAAUUAGAGGGUAAUGAAUUACCUAGCUUGCUGCCCGAUCAUUUGAUUCCACCAUCAAAACGUUGAUCGCAAUGACUAACACUUGUGUUGUGUUAUUUCCGAUUUUUUUUUUUUUUGCUUAUAUAAUGAGAGAUUUUCUUCUAAAUCUGUACACCAUAGUCCACUCUCGCAAAGCUCCUCUUCAAUUUGUGCAUAAAUUAAAGAACACAUAUACACAUGGACAAAUAAAAUUGCACAAAUUAAAUUUAAAACGAAAAUGAAAUUAAACACUUAUAUAAUAUAUAUUUUCCUUUAUACAGGGCAUAUAGGCUUAAAAAUUGUUUAUAUAUAAUAUAUAUUGUUUACUACAAUACUUAUAAAGCUUAAGUAAACUUAAAUUAAAUUGUGAAAGCAACUAUAAUGAAUUAACCCACAUAAAUUUAUACUAUAUA